AUGAAGAACCUUGCUACUCGAGUUACGAAAGUUCAAAGCUCAGAUUCGCGACGAAAGGCACGCCGGCAAGAAUCAAAAGUCUUUCCUGUAUCGCCAAAUCAAAGGGAUGCUUCAAAAGCUUUAAAUGGAAAUUCAAUCGUUAAGACGUUUGGCUCACAGCGUUCAAUGCCUAACUUAUCGGAUGGCACGAAGCAGAUAUUUUCAGGUCCGGCAUCACAGAUGCAUAUUAAUCCAUUCGAAACUAAAUCGCAUUCCACUAAUCCAAACUGCUCAGAUUUUCAAAGCAAUUCUCUUCAGCAGUUCAACAAGAAAUCUGCUUUUGGUGAUACAAGAAAAUCAAAAGCGUCAACAAAUAGACUAAAUGAGCGGAACAUAUCAACAAAUGGUACUAACCAUGAUGAUUUAGAGAAGGUUGUCGUAAGUGCCCAGAAUUCAUCACUUGAUUUUCAUGGCAAAGUCAAUGGUCCACAUGGAUCGUUGCUGAGAUAUAACAGUUUAAAAAUAUCUUCUGCCAAUCGUGUCAAACAAGAGCAUGAUAAAAAGGAAGAGCGACGACGAAGACGCCGUCAUGGUGGUUGGUGGAUUUUUCAGUGUCCUUGCUGUUCACCAGCAUGUUGCUUAGUAGUCGGCAUACUAACGGCGUUACUUUUAGCUGCCUUAGCAACAUUAAUCAGUGUACUCAUGAUGAACAAAAUAAAUGGCUCUAUAUCAACAACUGCGACCACUACAACUACUACAUCGACUACAGCAACAUCUGCCACAACCACAACGACAACGUCAGUGACGACAACAACAUCAUCCACGAGUACGUCAACAUCGACUAGUGCGACCACUGCAACAAGCAGUACUUCCACAUCAUCAACANACACAGCUAUUGCAAAUUUGACUAGACUGACAUUCGCAUUCCGUGAAGAUGUAGGUGUCUUUGCACUUGAUACAGUAUCUGUAACAAGUAUAUUAGCACCUAGUGUUCAACUUCUUGCAAACAAUGGUUUUGAAACAGGUUCUGAAUCAUCAUGGACUUAUUGUUGUCCAUCUACUGCAAUGUCUUGGGCCGGUGUUGCACAAUACUCUGACAAUAUUUAUAAUAUGGGUGUUACAUAUCAAGCUCAAUCGGGAACGUUUUUUUACUAUGAUGGAACAGGAUCCGGUUAUGAUUAUUUAUCUCAAAUGUUUUCGACAACCGUCGGUGGUACAUAUACGAUCUCGUAUUGGCUAUACAACUUAGGAAGUGGUUCAGCAAGUAGCGCUGAUGUUAUAAUGAGUCAUUAG